GGUUUACUUCAACGGUCACACUGACCAGCAGCAGAUAUUUUCGUAUGUAAAACGCAUUAAAAACUUAUAGUUGUGUAAAUAUUUGAGAAGUUAACGGUGCGCCUAUGUUUGUUUCUUAGUACAGGCCUGAUAAGCUGCUGCUGUCAAUAAUGUGCUGCAAAAUGCUUGACCUGUGAAUAACAACCAAAUACCUUCAUUACCUGGCGGGGGUGUGAAUGUGUGAGUGUGUGUGUGUGCAUGUGCAUGUGUGUGUGUGUAUGUUAGGGAUGUUAAGUGAAUCACAAUCACACACUUAAUAUACAAACGCUGCAAAAAAAAAAUGUACCAAAGCGCCUGCAAUGCGGCCACGACGGGCUCAUGUGUGCCCGGUGCUGGCAAUCAGUUGGACAACGAUCGUCAGGCGGCGCUGAUAGCGCAACAACCGCCCACAGCGCCCGUGGAGCCCGACUACAGUGGCUUCGAUAUCGUUAAGGCCACACAGUACGGUGCGAUAGCACGUGUCCGCGACCUCAUCGAGUCCGGCUGGGAUGUUAAUCAACCAGACAGCGAAACGGUCACACUCCUCCAUUGGGCUGCCAUCAACAAUCGGCGGGACAUUAUUAGAUAUUUCCUAGAGAAGGGUGCCACAGUCGAUGCCGUUGGUGGCGAAUUGAAUGCGACACCUUUGCACUGGGCCACACGGCAGGGUCAUUUGAGUGCCGUUGUUCUACUGAUGGCCGCCGGCGCCGAUCCCCGUAUACGGGAUGCCGAGGGCUGCUCCUGCAUACACAUCGCCGCACAGUUUGCCCACACCGCCCUGGUGGCCUACUUUAUAGCCAAGGGCGUUGAUCCCGAUCUGCAAGAUCGCGGCGGCAUGACGGCACUCAUGUGGGCCGCCUGGAAGGUGUGUGCCCUGGAUCCAGUGCGUCUGCUGCUGACACUGGGCGCCAAUCCCGCCAUGGUUGAUUACACGCAUGGCAACACGGCACUGCAUUGGGCGAUAUUGGCACGUAAUGCGACCGCCAUAUCCACGCUGGUGCUCAAGUCGAAGGCUUCCCUGGAUGUGCCCAAUUUGCGGGCAGAGACGCCGCUAAGCAUGCUGGAGGCACAAACGGGCGCCAUUUGGAUUGGUGCCAAGGUCAUGGAUCGGGUCAGGGAAGCAUCACUGACGUCACAACAGCGCCGAUCUCUCCUCUCAAAACUGCGCCAUGACAAACGCCUGCGCUGGUGGUCGAUGGCUGCCAGUCCAUUCACCGCCUUCUAUUUGGCUGGCAUUGUGUUUACCCUGAACACGCUGUAUAUUAUCAAAUUUUUCCUGCUUGGUUGCCUCUAUGCCAUAUUCCACACGAUUGGCAAAACGCUGUUCGAUGAGCAUCUGAUGGCGUUGCUGCCGCUAUCUGUGUAUCUGGCGACGAAGGCCUGGUUCUAUGUUACCUGGCUGAUGUAUAUCGAUGAUGCUGUCACAUUUGCGACCACAGUGUGCUUCCUAAUCUGCUCGCUGGGACUGUGGGUGUGCUUUCUCAAGUCUUGGAAGGGUGAUCCAGGCAUUAUACGACCCACCAGAGAGCAAAGAUUCAAGACCAUUAUUGAGCUGUCGGAACGCGGUGGCAUUGGCUUUGAGCCCGCCUCCUUCUGUUCAGGCUGCCUGGUACGGCGACCCAUACGCUCUAAGCACUGCUCCGUGUGUGAUCGUUGUGUGGCACGAUUUGAUCAUCAUUGCCCCUGGGUGGGCAAUUGCAUUGGUCUGAAGAAUCACAGCUACUUCAUGGGCUUUCUGUGGAUGCUGCUGAUCAUGUGCGCCUGGAUGCUCUACGGUGGCUCCAAGUACUACGUAAACGAGUGCAAUGUCCGCUUUGACGAUUUCCUCACCGCCAUGCGAGCAAUUGGCAAUUGCAAUGCCUGGGUAGGCUGGGUCAUGGGUAAUGCUUUGCUGCAUAUGUCCUGGGUGAUUCUGUUGACCGUCUGUCAAACGUAUCAGGUGAUUUGCCUGGGCAUGACUACCAAUGAGCGCAUGAAUCGUGGUCGCUAUCGUCACUUUCAGGCCAAGGGUGGACACAGUCCGUUUACGCGUGGUCCGCUCCUCAAUCUAAUUGACUUUCUGGAAUGCAGCUGCUUCGGCAUGAUGCAGCCGCGGCACGUCGAUUGGAUGAGCUACUAUGACUAUGAUGCGCAGGUGCAUCAGACAAUUGAGAAGGAGCCGCUGUUGCGUGUCGAUUGCGCCGAUGCCGAUGGACUCGCCGGCGAUCAUCAGUAUGUGUAGGAUAAAUCCCAUCGGGAUGCGAAGACGCUUCAAAUGCCCAUUGCGCAUGUCUAACGUUUAACAUUUAACCGGACAAUGCUUUAGAUAUGCCUCUCCCAAUUAUUACUAGCUUUGUAUUAGUUCUCGUUAUUUACGUAAUUGGUACGCUCUGUUGCAGACAACAACAACAAAAACAACAGCAAAGAUUUAAUAACAAAUUAAAAGACAACAAACAGAAGACAGAAGCGUCAUCGCUGACCGAUAUCGGAUCGAGCAAAUUGUGAGGAAAUGCCUUACAAAAAACAGACACACAAAAUAUAAAUUGAUAUAAAUACGUACACAGAUACAUUGAACAUGUAUUUAACCUGUAAUUACAAACAAAACUCUGUACAUUUUUCAGCAUAUUUCUUAAUUUAACUGGUUUAUGAUAAUACAUUUUUGUCGUCACCACUCUAAAGUAUUUGUAACACCAAAAAACAAAAAAAAAAGAAGAAAGACAACUUAUAACACUCACACAACCGAACAAAUUGAAUGAAUAAAAAUAAAACUUGUAAUUAUCGCAAACAAAAUCAAAACUGCCAACACUUUUCAAGUUGUGCAAUAUUCAAAUUCUCUGAAAUUCACCUAAUGUAAACUCAAUGAUUAACAAAUUUGUAAAGCGCACAGUAAAUACUACAAUAAGAACUUUUUUAAUAUGUAUUCCAAAUUAUGUGUAUUCUAAAAGCAAGAUUAUAAUAAACAACAAAAUAUUUAGCAGUUGCCUUUGUGUUGGCUUGGAACCGCAUACAACAAGAGAUUAGGUAUCCAAGCUCUCGCUUAAGCAGCUUUCCAUGUACCAAAAGAACAAACACCAAACAAAUACUUUAAAAUGUUAAUGCGAAAAUACGGCAAAAGCAAAAAAC